AUGGGAAAAAUCAUUCACUCCCGUUUAUUUGGGAUCGACUUGAUCAUCGUAAACUCCGAAACCACCACGCGAGAGUUGCUGGACAAGCAUUCUGCGAAUUACCCUACUCGCCCCGUUAUUCGCACCAACGAAUUAGCUGGACUGGCUUUCAAUACUGUGCUCCUUCCAUAUGGCGAGACUUGA